AUGUGGCACCAAGCGCUGGCAAAAAUCGCGGCGCUGCUACGUGGUCCUACCCUCAAGCAUUGCCGUGCACGCUGGGUCAACUUCCUUGACCCAGCUAUCGAUAAAGCUCCGUGGCGAGCGGACGAGACGCAACCCAUCCUGGCAGCUCAAGAGAGACUGGGUAAUCGCUGGGCCGAGAUGGCCAAGCUGCUUCCUGCCCGAACCGAUAACGCUAUUAAGUCGAUGUUUCACCGUCGCUGUCGCCAAGCGGCAAAACUUGGUAAGUUGGCCUUGGACUGGAAGCCGUGCACUUUGAAGCGCCCCACCCGCUUGAGUGACGUGUAG